CCUUCAUGGCCGAGCACGGGGCUCAUCUCACCGCUGCUGCAGCCGGCGAUGACAGGCCUCCCAUCUUUGAAGUGGUGGCCCAGGACAGCUUGAUGUCAGCAGUGAGACCUGCGCUUCAGCAUGUGGCCAAGGUGCUUGCUGAAUCCAAUCCCGGCCGCUAUGGCUUCCUCUGGCGUUGGUUUGAUGAGAUCUACACCCUCCUGGAUCUGUUGCUCCAGCAGCAUUUUCUGUCCCAGUUUAGUGCCUCUUUUUCAGAAAACUUUUAUGGCCUAAAGAGGAUAGCAGUGGGAGACAGCAUGGGGCUGCACCAGCUGGCCAGUGCUGGGCUGCCAAAGAAGCAACACUGGAAGUCUCUCCUCUUGUUGGUUCUCAUUCCUUAUCUGAAAACAAAGUUGGAGAAACUGGUCUCCAGUCUGAGAGAAGAGGACGAAUAUGCCAUCCAUCCUCCAUCAUCAUCCUGGAAGCGCUUUUACAGGGCCUUUUUAGCAGCCUAUCCCUUUGUAAACAUGGCCUGGGAGGGCUGGUUUCUCAGCCAGCAGCUGUGCUAUAUCCUUGGUAAGGCUCAGCAUCAUUCCCCGCUGCUGGGCCUGGCUGGUGUACGCCUGGUUAGACUGACAGCAGAGGACAUCCAGGUGUUGGAGCAGAAACUAGCAGUAGCUACUGCAAGCCAGCAGCCAGCUCACAGCAUUAAGGAGCAAGUGCAAUCAGCGGUGAAAAAAGCAUUGGGAGGUGUUGCCUUAUCCCUGUCCACCAGCCUCUCUGUGGGUGUGUUCUUCCUGCAGUUUCUGGACUGGUGGUACUCAACUGAGAACCAGGAGACCAUCAAAUCAUUGACUGCAUUGCCUACUCCACCACCACCCGUGCACCUGGACCAUGGCACAGGCUCACCUCUCUUACCAAAACUGAAGACCAUGUGCCCGUUGUGCCGCAAAAUCCGAGCCAACGAAACAGUCCUCUCCACAUCCGGCUUUGUGUUUUGUUACCGCUGUGUCUACACUUAUGUAAAGAGUCACCAAAGGUGCCCCAUCACUGGCUAUGCUACAGAGCUGCAGCACCUUGUUAAGCUGUACACCCCUGAAAGCUGAAGGGAGUGUAGUGCAGUGACACUUACAAAGCAGAUACAUAAUUGGUGCAGGCACUGUAUACUCUAGGUUCUUGCCUACCUGGAACACAACUUUUCUGCCAGCCAGACUGUGUAUAACACAUUAUUAGGGCAGCAAAAGGUACAUUGACCGUUUAUUAGCUGAGUAAUCAGACUCUAAGGCACAUUUGGACACUAAGUUCAGCAGCAGCACUAGGGUUUUCGUUGCCCUAAAUGCUGCUUUAUCCAAUUCCAAGAUGCGAGGGCUAUGUUGACAGCCUCUCAACCAGAAAGCUCUGGUACUGACCACUGUCAAAGAUAUUCAGAGAUGGGCCUAAAUAAACCACUGAUCAGCUUCAGCCUGGCACUUCCUACGUUCCUAAGAUUCUCCCUAGCUCUGCUUCUAGACUACUCCAUCUUAGAAUUCACAAGAGCAUGAACAGAGCUGUGCCCCCAAUUCAUAUCAGUUUGCCAUAAAUUUAGGCUUCUCCCCCCACCAUUCCCCUGGGACAACUCGGGUGACGUUAGCAAGCCAGGCAGAACAAGUACGAACCAGGGGAAAGGAUGCCCUCUGUCUGAAUUGGGUUUGAGCAUACGUGACUGAAACCAGAUAAAAACAAAAUGUGCCAAUUCAGGCUUGCUUUGUUGAAUGUAUCCUCAGAUCUGUUAGUGACUACUGGCAUAGCAAAGCUGCUUCUCUCUUCCUUCCUAUCUAUCAGGACACUGGGAAUUAGGACCUAACUAGACUCAUUCCACUUCUGUUAUCUAAUGUUUUAAACCACUGGUAAACUGCUUAUCUGAAAGUUUGUUUGCAUGAAUGAAUCAGACUGCAGCUGCUUUCAUCAUAACAUAUGGACCCAAUGGUGGAGACCCAAUGGAUCAAAGUAAAAUCACACAUUGUGAAAAUUGUAGUCAGAGCAGUGCCCUCAUAUUGAAGAGGAGCCAAGACUCAGGCUGCAGUUUGAGUUUUAAUUAGGACUGGCAUAGUGUAGCUUCAUUUAGCACCUUACGUCCAUUUGGUCAUACUGAAAUGUCUCCUUUGAUCUCUAAGCAGGCAGAGUAUAGAAGUUGGCUAGUAGUGAUUUUAAGGUGAUUCCUGCUUCCACAGCACUUUGGUUGAUCUAGUUUAGCACAGGUAAUUUUAGACAGUUUGAAGGAGUGGCUUUUCAUGAAGUGUGAACCUUGUUUUCUACAGAGGGCAGUAGUAGACUAUCCUACCUGUAUGGUAUACAUUAUAGAAACAGCAAUUUAGCUUCUAACAACUUGCUGCAAAGAACUUGUACAAUCUUUCCACAUUAAGAGCCAAUUUCUUUUUUUAAUCUUUUUAGGUACAAGAAGGGUCCUUAACUCCUGUACACUGUUAAAAUGAAAGCUGUCACUUUAGAUACCAGACCAGUGCUAAUGGCUACCUCUGCCUUUGGAGGCAUAUUAACAGAAAGGCAAGCUCAUUUUGCUGCCUCCUGCUGGGAUCUAUAAAUAUAGACACUUCUCAGGCAUAAGUGAGCUCAUGUAAAAACACCUUAUUGAAAAAAGUCACAUUCAGUGAAAGAUUAUGUAGAUUUUACAAGCUUUUAAUAUAGCUCAGAUUUGGAAUUAAUUCAUAUCUAUUACAUCUUGCUUCAGCAAAUAUUUCCCAAGUUGCAUUUUUUUUCUGAAAAAUUGAUAACCAAGAUGCUCCAGGAGAGCAAUACAACAUGGCCAGCCCUAGAAGGCUUGAUUACACAGAUCUACAAACGUAGUCUCACUGACUCCAGUACAACUGCUCAUGUAAAUAAAGGCUACCAGACUGGGGCUAGAGUGUUUAUUGAAAAGGUAGUUUUAGGAUUUUUUUUUUCCCCUAAGGUCUUUUGGCAUCCAAUAGUGCUUUUCUGUCUCAGCUAGCAGAAGUGAAGAAAACAGUUUGUCUCCUUAUUGCAGCCUAUGACUGAUCACUGACUUUUCCAUUGAAUUACGCUUAGUCCUAUGGACUUUGAGCAUUUUAAAUUAAUUUUAAAUCAGUGAUUCAUUAGUGUCAUGACCUAAGAUUUAUGUAAUUUUAAAGUUAGUUAGUACAGUAACUUAGCCAUUCCAGUGAACAUUGUUUCAUUGCUGAUCGAUUAGGGAACAUGCUCGUUUAAAGUUGUGCAAUGCUCCCUUAUGUUAUUCAGCAGCCACCUGCUUUGUUCACUGCUUGCAGAAAGAGCAGCCUAUUGGAGCUAGCUGGUGGGGGCUUGGAACUAGGGUGGACUGGCAGGCCCCUUGCAGUUCCCUGUGCUGUAGUUGCCCAGCAGGCUAUCAAUAUCCAGGCAGUUCAGCUGUCCCUCUCGGGAGCCUCCUGUUUGCUGUACAGAAGGGGGAACGAGGUGCUAAUGUCAGUGUUUCCCCUACUCCUGCCCCCCCAGUCCUGUACCCCUUCUCCGUAGAGCAGGGGGCCAUGACAGGGCUCAGGAUGGAGAAAGCUUGCUGUCAGCAGCUGCUGUCAACUUGCUGAUCUACUUAAAAAAGGCAGCGUACUUAGUGUGGGGUCAGCGUACCUAAAAGGGCAAUGCACGUCUGUCUCUCUUACACAUGGUGCGUGUCUCCGUCUCUCUGCCAUGCCAUCUCUUCAGGCUGCCUUGUAGAGCAUGAGGCUACAUUGACAAUGUGUUAACCCUUGAGGGCUCAGGCAAGUGCUAGAUCAAUAUCCCACCCUCUGACUCCCCCACCUCAACCAAGCUUCACAAUCUUGCUGUGUACAGUAUUAAAUUGUUUGUAAAAAUUUCCCUGGAACCUAACCCCCCACAAUUUACAUUAAUUCUUAUUGGGAAAUUAGAUUUGCUUAACAUCAUUUUGCUUAAAGUAGCAUUUUUCAGGAACAUAAUUCCUUGCUUAACAUUGUAGUUACUCUACAUGACACUGGAACUUCAGUCUGUAUUUGCACUUCAAUUAUUGUUUUAAGUAGAAAAAUAAUAAAUCUUUUUCUACCC